AUGUCGCUCCAGACGUCCUCAGUGGCAGCGGAUGGCGCCUUCACCAUCACAUGGCUCAACGUAGAACAGACCCCAGAACAAGCAUCAGACUUGCCUCACCCAACUGACGCCAAGAUCUCCAAGGUCGCCAAGGUCGACAACCAUUAUGGUUAUCCUUGUACUGCGUCCGCCGACGCCGGGUUCGGAAGAUCACAGACUGCAGAUGCCGUCAGGUCAGACAAAUCUGUACGGAAGGCAUGA